AUGGUUGUUCACACGCAGCGAUAUCCAGUGGGGAAGGCUCGGGACUUACUCGUUGGAGUCUUUUCCUCACUGUUCUUGAUUGGCCAGCACAACUCAGUGCGGACACUGAUGGGUUCCAGGAUGUCCCGAAGCUUAAUGAUCCUGAAGGUGGUCUCCACGAAGGGCAGAGCCACGCUCCGUUUUGUUCUGGGGCAACCGGUCCUGAUUAUAUGGUCUUUCCUCACUGGCUACUUCUCGACUCAAUCUAGGAAGAAGACACGGAUUAGUGCUCUCCAAGAGAUCAGCAAAAGCAAAAGCAAAAGAAUUCGAGCAAAGAAAAAGAAAGAUCCCACUACCUUGGGAAAAGGUGGAGAAGGAUUUGCCAAGCAGGAGGAAGACUCCCCAGUCAUCAACAGACCUUCUGAUCAGGGAAAGGACUCUGAUGGCAGUGUGAGUGCCCCAUUUUCAUUUAGACAUCUUUUUGUCAACGGUGUACUCUCUUCUUUUGUACCCAGGCCGGGCCCUUUGGGUAGGGAUAUCUGUUCCAAGAACUCAGCAAAGAGCUGUAUUAAAGAAUCCCAGAUCGCCUUCAAGAGUUCAUACAAACGAAAUGCCAUUGCCAGCUCCUACAGUUCCUCUCUAGCACAGUGGCCACCAGAGAGGAUUCAUGUACUAGCUACCCGAGGUGCUGCCCCUAUUGCCAUUUCAAGGGCUGCUGCCAAAGGCGCUGCUGCAGGCUCUACCCGAGGGGUUGCCCCUUGUGCUGUUCCAGAGGCUGCCACAGGCGCUGCUGCAGGCGAUACCCGGGGUGCUACCCCAGAUGAUGCUGCAGGCGCUGUCCGAAGGGUUGCCCCUGGUGCUGUUUCAGGGGCUGCCACAGGCGCUGCUGCAGGCGAUACCCGGGGUGCUACCCCAGAUGAUGCUGCAGGCGCUGUCCGAAGGGUUGCCCCUGGUGCUGUUUCAGGGGCUGCCACAGGCGCUGCUGCACGUGUAUGUGCUACAAGUUCUGUCCCAAGUGCUGCCGUAGGUGCUGCUGCACAAGCUACCCGAGGUGCUGACCCAGAUGAUGCUGCGGAUGCUUCCCGAGCUGCUGCUGCACGUGCUACCCCAGGCGCUGCUCCUGGUGCUGCUGCAGAUGCUGCCCUAAGUGCUACCCCAGGCACUGCUUCAGGGGCUGCAGCAGAUGCUGCUUCAAGUGACGCACCAUGCACUCUGCCACUCGCCAGCCCAGACUCAUCCCACUUGAAGGAGGCUACAGAUAAAGGCGAUGAGAAAGACAGUGCAUCUCCAUAUGAUGGAGCUAAGGCCCGGCGUAAUUAA